UAAUGUUCAUUGACAUCCAGCAGGCGGUGAUGGAUUGACAAGGGGAUUAAAGUGCAAAGGGAUGAUUCUGCUGGAUGAGAGAGAGAGAGACCAGAGUCGAUCAUCAAAGCUGCUCCUUUGGAUCAUUAAACAUCAAAUGUUGAGGCUCCAUCUACCAGCACCUGGAGAAAAUGCCAACCAAGGCAGUCGUUCAGUGCAUCUUCAAAGGUCACACGGAAGGUGAACUAACGCUAACACUGGGAGAGAUCAUUACAGUUACCAGUCAGGGCACUGGUGAUGGCUGGUUUGAAGGAAUCAACUCUAAUGGAGAGCAUGGACGCUUUCCUGGAAGAAACGUUGAGUUAUUCCAUGAGGAUGAAGCCUUGCCUGAAUAUGAGACAAUUUAUGAGGAGCCGGAUUACACCGAGAUCAAACCACUGAAUACUGACAACUGUUCAGUCUUUUCUGAAUUUCUGGAAUCAGAUUAUGAGCUAAUAUCCUUUGGGCUAGAGGAGGGGAAAGACAAUCUUGAACAAAUGUUAAAAAGCAACAGGAAGACAAGCAGAGUGUAUCAUUUCACAAAAACAGAAGCAGAACCCUUCAUCCUGGGAAAAACUGUGAAAACCACAACAAAAAUAGCAAUGAUCUUCAACGAGAACGGUGCAUCCUGGAUUUAUCCUAUUGUUCCGUUAGAAUGCACCGUAACCAAUCCACAGAUGGGAUCCAAAUAUUCUGGAAUGAAGAAAUAUAUUUCUUACCAAAUUACACCUAAUGACACCGAUAAAUCAGUGUAUCACCGAUACAAACAUUUUGACUGGCUGCACUGUCGACUGCUAGAGAAAUUUGGCUCAUUAAUCGCCAUCCCACUCCUGCCCGAGAAAGACAUCCCAUGGCGCUUCAGUGAUGAAUUUGUGCUGGGUCGAAUGGGUGGUUUACAGGCCUGGAUAAACCGCAUGUCUCGCCACCCUGUUGUCGCGCACAGUGACAUCUUCCAACAUUUUAUCAGAACCACAGACGUGAAAGAAUGGAAAAUUGGCAAACGAAUAGCAGAAAAAGAUGAAGCAGUUGGAGGAAUGAUCUUCGCUGAGGUUAUGGCAUCAUCAGAGUUCAGGCUGCUGGAUGGCGAAGAAACAGAAAUGUUUCUGACCUUCGUAAAAUGUUUGGGAGAAAGUAUUAAAAACCUCACAACAGUGGUGGAGGAACACUGGAUACGGAACACUGGAACAGUGAAAUCCGAAUACCACAAAAUUGGAAAAAGUUUUCUGGAUUUCUCAGCAUCCUUUGCUAAAAGCAAAUACCAUGAGAAAGAUUCAAUUACAAGUGCAUUAGCUUUCGCUGGAAAAACAUACAACGACAUUGGGGAUCUUUAUUCCGAUCAGCCAAAGGAAAAUGUGCACUACUUGCUUGAGAUUAGUAAACAGUACAAAGGGCUGCUGUCAUGUUACCCUGAUAUAAUAAAUGUCCUCAAGGGAGCAAUAGAAAAAGCUCAUGAAUAUGAAAAGCUCGCUCAGACCAACAAAGUUACACUCAAAGAGAAGGAAGCUGUAGUUUACAAGGCUGGAAUAGUGUCUUCUGCGAUACAAGCUGAAAUGAAUCAUUUUAACAUGGAGCUCAGUAACGACUACAAAGAGACGUUUCGACAUUUUCUCUAUGAACAGGUUCAGAUGUACAACAAGAUCACAGAUAAGCUGAGGGAAGCAUAUGCUCGGUUUGAAUUCUAGCAACGCCUGCAAAAGACUUCAUUAAAAAAUCUCCAAAAAUGCUGUACUUAUAGAUCAUGCUGUUUUAUAGUCGAAUGGUAAACAAAAUAAUUGUAAAAGCCAGCUUGAAAUUAGUUAUUAAUGUUGCUUUAAUAUUGAGUAAUUUUUUUCUGAAUUUCUUUUCUUCUAUACAUUAUUCCAGAAAAAUUAAGGUAUAUUAUAUGCACCCUUGGCACUGAGCAGAGCUCACUCAAUAUUUCUAGUGAGGAAGAUAAACAUAGCAGAUGAGUCAUCUUUUAUCUCUUACCAUUUACCACGCAGAGGCUCCGGCCUUCUCCAUAUCCCCACCCCCCUCAC